ACAUGCGCGCGCUAAUCGAAGCUCUGCAAGCGCCGAAACAUGUCUAUCUCGACAAUCUACCUACGUUCGACCCCGAGAAACAGGACACCGAUGCAAGAUCGUGGUGUGCAACCGCUGAUUUGUGCUUCUCUGAAAAUCCACCAAGAGGCGGCCAGCUCGUGUUAGCUGUUAGUAAGGCCCUCAAAGGUGAGGCAUCCACCUGGUUAUCUCAAAUCGCGUACGAAGGGAUUACAUGGAGAGAAUUCAAAUCACUUUUUAGCGAAAGAUUUGUUUCGACAGAAACUUUAGCAGGUACCCUCAUUAAAUUAAGCGAACAAAAACCAAGUGAAAAAGAAUCACUUCCGGCAUAUGCAAGUCGAUUGAUAUCUUCUUUAACGAAUCGUUGGAAAGAUGUAAACAAAGAAGAGAUAGCCGUCGCUACAGUACUGGCUCACAUAUCGCAGUUUGACACAAGACUUCAACGUUUGGCUUUUACUACGAACAUCGUAUCGCGAGAAAAAUUACAACAAGAGUUAAAUGCAUUCUCUCAAUUAAAACGCAAGUUAAAUACCAGCGGCGAGUCAUCGAGUGCACUUGAUUUUAAACGAGCGAAGUUAACUCUCAAGUGCUUCAAUUGUGGAAAGACCGGCCAUAAGCGAGUAGAAUGUAGAAGCAAGACGAUCGACGUGAAAGGAAGACCUACGACACCGAAGCCGUCAAGCCCAGUGAUGCAGCAGCCUACUCUAAGACCGUUGGUGUGCUACAAAUGUGGCAAAACAGGCCACAUCGCCGUCCGGUGUACCAGCGGCGGCAGCGGCGGUGGCAGCGGCGGCGGGUCGGGCGACGGAGGCGCCGGCGCGUCUCGAAGCGAGCGACGUGUUGAUGUAUGCGUCGUGCAACCACCGUCGGGCACAUUACAACAUAAAGGUUCACUGAUUUACUUUACUUAUGAUUCUGGCGCUGAAUGCUCGUUAGUUAAAGAAAGUUUUGCAUCUAAAUUUAGUGGUAAACGGUUUACUAAUGUUGUUGCUAUGACCGGUAUGGGUCAUUCUCGAGUGUUCAGUACCGAACAGAUUUUGUCUUGUGUUAAAGUUGACGAUCACCAUCUCGAAAUUUUAUUACAUGUUUUGCCCGAUAAUUACCUUCAGAGUGACGUCAUGUUAGGUCGCGAGAUAUUAAAACAGGGUUUUGCUAUGAACCUGAUAUCGACUGAGCUUUGUUUAUCAAAAAUUGUUUACGUAAAUUUGAUGCAUAGCGAUAAGGCAGGUACUCAAGAUUUAACAAUCGUUGUUACGGACGUAGUAGGUAUUGACAAGUUAAAACUUAUGCAAACAUUAGAUCAGUUUUCAGAUUUCUUUAUCACCGGUUUGCCUACGACUCGUGUAAACACCGGCGAGCUUAAAGUUAGGUUAACCAUCACACGAGGACGUGUGCAAGCAGGAUGGCCGUGUCGUAAUCAACGCAACACUAGCGCCACUGCGGCAGUUGAGUUUACUACGGAAAGUGACGCCAGCGCCGUCUGUCGGCGUUCGAUGGGUCAACACCUUACCAGCCGAGGCACGGCAGCAGAACACUUCUCCUGUGGCUGCCGACUGGAACGGACAUUGAACCAUCGCGCGUUACCUACGUUAUCAUAA